AUGGACGACGACGGCGGCGCGGGCCGCGACGGCAUCCUAGCGUUCGCGCACCAGCUGGCCAGGCAAGCCGCGUUCCUACUUCAAGCCUCCAACGACCUACUCGCAUCGCUUCUUCAGUCCACCUCGCGCGGCGGCGGCGGCGCCGACAUCCUAUCGUUCGCGAAUCAGCUGGCCAGGCAAGCCGGCGCGUUCCUCCAAGACUCCAACGACAUACUGGCAUCGCUUCUGCAGUCCACCUCGCGCGGCGCUUCCGCUGGCGCCGCCGCCGCCUCGGACGAGGCGAUCCAGGCGCUCAAGGACGUGGGCGGCGGCGACGUCGACGGCGGCGGGCAGAAGCUGGACUGCGCGAUCUGCCUCAACCACGACGAUCCGUCAGCGUCGGCGGCGGCGGGGUGGAAGGAGAUGCCGUGCGGGCACCGGUUCCACGGCGGGUGCCUGGAGAAGUGGCUGCGCAUGCACGGCACGUGCCCCAUGUGCCGCCACCAGAUGCCGGCGGCGGAGGUGGUGGAGGGGGCGGCUUCGGAGGUGACCACGUCGGAGCCGCUCCUGCUGAUAGCGCGCGUACGCCGCUCCGGCGACGGCGGCAAUGAAGAGGAGCAUUACCAUUACUAUCUUUACGAAAUACGAGUACAGUACUCCACCAAUGUCGAAAUUAACCCUUAA